CUCGUUAGAUAUUAAAAUACUACAUAUCUAGAAUUAGUUCCUUGAAAAAAACACUUAUAAAAGAGUCAUAGACAGAUGUAUUUAAUAUUGGUAUACAACUAUUAUAGUUAUUCAUUAUUAAGUUGUGAUAAAAUGAAGAGAUUAUUCCAAAAUUUGUUAUUAUGCAUAUUAUACUGUAUGUAUUUAAAUUUCUGUUAUGCUGAUUCACAUGGUGAAAAAUUGAGUAAAUCUGAGUUUGAUAUAUGUGUUCAAGAAUGUGGUAAUCAAUAUGAAGAAUGUUCUAAAGCAAUACGUGAAUUAUGGAGAAAUUUUCAAAAAAAUAAAAAACAAAUUAUGAAAGUUAUGAACAGUUGUUGUUUACGUGGUCAAGGUGAUCAUUCACAACCAUCAACAUUAAGUUUUGCUACAUGUGUACGUGAUAGAUGUGGUGCAGAAUUAUGGGGAUGUAACAUUAAGAAACGUCAUAGUGGUUUUCUAACUGAACAAGAAAUUGAAUAUAUCAAACAAAAAGAAUCCCGCCAAAAAAAGAAAAAUUUCACAGUAAAGUAAAAGAAUUCUCAAAUAGAAAAAAAACAAUAUAUAAUGACUUUCAGUUAAUAAACACAUUCUAAUUGUAACUGUAAUAUUUCUAUUUUUCAAUUACAAUAUUAUUUGAUGCAUAAAUUCACAGAAAAUAUGUAUUUACUUUUGCAUUAAAUGAAAAUAGAAAACUGUUAUCAUUUCUAUUUUUUACUAACCGUUAAUGUCACCUAUUUUCUUGUUAGUUACAUGUAAGUGUUUCGUCACGAAAGCCUUGUGAAUAACCCAUUUCAAUAAACAUAUUAUGUAUGAACAGAAACUAGAAGAAUU